CGGUUUAUUUUCCCUCACGUCAAUUUGCAAUUUUUUUUUUUUAAUAUGUUACAUUUGAUCUUAAAGCCACUUUUGAUUGGAAUCAGACAGUCGUGUAACCAAUGAAGAUAAUUACCACAUGGAUCUGAAAUACUGACUUGUACUUGAUCUGCUGAGAGUGAAAAGGAACCAGAGUGUAACCUUGGCAAGCAAAAUCUAAUUUAAUAUCAGGCAAAUGCAACCUGAUGGACUCCCUAAAUUUAUUGGUGCAGUUAUCUAGCUUGACAGUGGAGCUGAAUAAAUAGAGUGCUGUUACAUGUCAUCACUUAGAGAUAGGCUAUCAUAAACAAUCAUGUUGGUGUUCAAAAAUAUUUUUGCUCAAGUAUUUGAAAAAAAGGAUAUAAUUUUAAAACGAAAGAAGUCAAUCCUUCAGUAAGAAGAGAGUAUUUCAUAUGUUUUCCUGUACUUACCAAAAUGGGAUAGCCAAUAUACCUGUGUGUUCUCUUGGUUAAACAUAUUACUUAUAUUUUAUAUUUGAGGUGCUGUGUUUGUUGUUGUAUAUUGUUGUACUAAACAUGUCUUGUUUAUAUUUGUUAUUUGGUUAAUUGUCAACACUCAUGAACAACAUAUACUCUAUUAUAUCUUUUUUUGUCAGACCUCUAAGUUCACUCAUUUUUACCACUCAUAUAGGCUGUUAUUUUAUGUGGUCUAUACAGAAAAUACUCUGAUCUAUGCAGUUAAUACUGUUGUUUGCAAUGUUUUAUUUUAUAACAAUGUCAUAUUAGAUAAUACAAUGUAAUAUAUGUCACUAAUAUCAAAGGUAUAGUGACUUGUUAUAUAUUAGUUUUUAUUUGUGUUGUUGAACUUUAGUAUUUAUGAAGUGCUUUCAUUUUUAAUAUCAACAGUUAUAGAUAGAUAGAUAGAUACUUUAUUCUCUAAAAACUAGAUACAAGUUAUAGUGACUGCUAGUGUAGGUGCUCUACAUAAUUAGUAUUGCCAAAUAAUGUUUAUUUGAUAAAGACUUGGUUUAUUUAUAUUCAAGUUAUUACCUUGUGCUAAAACAUAACCUAUUUAGAAGAGUUAUUUGAUGUUAAUUCGGAGAAAGAUUUAUAUUUGUCCAUCUUUAUUCACAAACAUUUUUGAGGGAAGUAUUGUAUCAUUUAUCCACAAUUACAUAUUCAAGUGCUCUAUUUUGAAUUGCCUUUGACAUUUUGACUAGUGGAAGUGAGACUUAGGCCUGGUGUGUCUGGUGCUAGUGGUGUCAACAGCUGUUAAAGGUUGUGAUUAGGUUACUGAGGUGAUACAUAUCUAUGUGUUAAUACUCAUUAUUUUUUACUGUAUGCAAUUAUUAAAUGUAUGUUAUAGUAAAUAUCUAUUUGUUAAUAGUUUAUUAAGAAUUAGUUAAUACUCAUUUACAAUAACUGUGUACUGUAUGUAAUUUUAAAAUGUAUGUAGAAUAAUUUAUUUAUUUGUUGAUUGUAUUGUGAUUGAGGUCUUUAUCUAGUCAAUACACUCUUUUUUUUUUUAUUAUUAAUUUCAGUCAGUCAUUUCUUUUUUUUAUUAUUAAUUUCAGUCAGACAUUUCUUUUUUUUAUUAUUAAUUUCAGUCAGUCAUUUCUUGAGUUUGAGAGCAUUAACUAUAUUAGUUAGCAUUAUAUAUAUAUAUUCAAUAGUUAUAUUUAUUGUACAUAUUUUUGUUGUUGUAAUUUGUUUGUAGAAGUGUUAUUUUGUUUUGUUGCGGGUUUUUUAUCUAAAAAAUUUUUACGUUAUCAAUAUUAGAUUUACAACAAUUAAUUACAUUCUUAAAAGCCAUUAACAUAGUUAGCAUUAUUGAUAAAAAGUCAAUUACAAUAACGUAUUACUCAUUGUUUUCAAUUUAGUGUGAAUGUUAAAACUUAUUGUAUUUAGGAAGAUUUACAGCUUAAAAAUGAUAUAUUUUUACAAGAACUAGUUAAAGUCUUAAGUCUGCCUAUUGGACCAUGUGAUAUAGUUUACAAGAACUAGUCAAAGUCUUAAGUCUGCCUAUUGGACCAUGUGAUAUAGUUUACAAGAACUAGUCAAAGUCUUAAGUCUGCCUAUUGGACCAUGUGAUAUAGUUUACAAGAACUAGUCAAAGUCUUAAGUCUGCCUAUUGGACCAUGUGAUAUAGUUUACAAGAACUAGUCAAAGUCUUAAGUCUGCCUAUUGGACCAUGUGAUAUAGUUUACAAGAACUAGUCAAAGUCUUAAGUCUGCCUAUUGGACCAUGCAUACCUUUUAGGGUAAUUUCUUGACACUUUAUUUAUUAUAUGUUACAAGAUCUAGUCAGUUGAUAUUUUUUUGUGUUGUAAUUUGAAUAUAAUACUGAUUUAUUUAUUUGUGUGUGUGUCUGAAUUUAACAUAAUUUUUAAUGUAUGAGAAUUUUACAACUGGUCAGUGAUAUUGUAAUCUUUCUUUGUUAACAUUUGAUGUAAAGGCCUUAAGGGGGUUUACAAUUUGAAAUAUAACUUGUUUUGUAAAGUGAGUCUUUAGUACAGAAAUGAUUUAUAUCAUGAUAGAGUGACAUGUUACAUAGUAUUGACUUUAUCAUUCUUAUUGAGACUGGUUUCAGUAUCUGAAGAAAUUGUUGGAACUGUUCUUAGACUUAACAUGAUGUUGGAUUCAUGUUGUCAUAUUAAGUUCCUAGUUAGGCUGUUUCUCGUGUUUUUAACACUGUUAUUCCUUGUCUUCAUCAGUUAUGUAAAUCAACUGUCAUUAUUAUCCUCUUUACCACAGGUAACUAAACCAAUGAGAACACUUUCUAAGGACUGUAAAGUGCAGAAAGAAGAAGUCAUUGGAACUAUAACUCUUACUAUAUUCACUUCUUUUGAUUAUAUUGAAUCAAAGUUCGUAGCAAAUCAAAAUGCUUUACAAAACUGGAAGGCUAUAAAAGGUGUUAAAAACUUUGUUCUGUUUACGAACUGUAGUAGGGCACGUAAACUGGGUGAAUCAUUGAAUUAUGUAGUACUACCAGUUAUUGAUUCAGCCAUCGGUGGAGUGCCGGUCUUAAAAACAUUGUACUUGACAGUUUUAGCCUUGUACCCAACAACAUACAUUAUGUUUUCUAACGCUGAUAUAAUGUAUGAAAUUGACUUGAUGAAAACAAUUAGAUUUGUGAAUAGUUUUGUACAGGAUGGAGGAUUGGCAAGUAAACCUGUACUAAUUGUUGGAAAGCGAACAAACUUGGACAUUGACAGUGGCAACAAUGAAUCAUGGAAAAGUCUGAUUAAAAAAUCUGUUACAAUGGGAACAAAGUUUAAUGCAGAUGCACAGGAUUAUUUAAUCGUUGAUAGAAAGUUUCCCUGGAAAAAAUUUCCCAAGUUUGUAAUUGGACGUGUUGGUUAUGACAACUGGAUUGUAGCAUUCUCUCGUUAUAAGAACUUCACUGUAGUAGAUGCUACAGAUUCCAUAUUGGCAGUACAUCAAACAAUCAAUGGUGCUAACUUUGAAGGAUUCUCACACAAUCAUUACUCAUACAACCGUGACAUAAUAGAAGAUUCACUGCCGUCGUAUCAGUAUGCAUUAUGGGGUAGGACAGAAUGUUGUUACUUAGCAACUGGCCUUGACAGAUGUGGUCAGCUGUAUGUCAAAAACAGAUCUUUAGUGCCACCUUAUUGUUUUCAUCAUUCCUUUCCACAUGCCAUCAAAAAGCUUUUCAAGGCACUGUUCAUGUUAGGAUGUACAUAAUGUUUAAUUAGGUUUUUCAAGGCACUGUUCAUGUUAGGAUGUACAUAAUGUUUAAUUAGGCUUUUCAAGGCACUGUUCAUGUUAGGAUGUACAUAAUGGUUAAUAAGGCUUUUCAGCACAAUUUAUAAUUAGUUUGUUUGUGCAAUAUCUGUCACCAACAGGUUGUGUAUUUGUUCAUAUAGUUUGGUGCUUAUAAUCUACUUUUAUCACAGUUUUAUCUAGUGUUUAUUAAAAAUUGUAGAAUUGUAUUCAAUUGGUAUAUCCAAUUUGAUAUUCAAUUUAACUUAUUAUUUUUGUGUACUGCUGUGGAUUUAUUUAUUUUUGUGGAUUAAGGAAAACUUACAUGCUCCUGGAUAUUUAAUUAUGGGUUUUGCCAAACCGGCAUACACACAGUGACACUUACAGGUAAGUUGUCAAUAUUUAAAAAAAUAAUUUCAUGGUUUAUCUAUACCAACGAAAUCCAAGAAAAUUUGGAAUCCAACAAAAAAUAAUGAGUCCACAGUAAUUUAUAGAUGAACUUAAAAUACCUGCCAAAAUAAGUUAUAUACUAAACCUCAUUUUGAAAACUGUUCAAUAAUGAAACAUAAUGAGUCUUCAAUAUUUUUGCUGUAUUUUGCUAAAGUAUAACAUUUUAUUAUGAAUGUUUUCUAAGUUUUAUGAGAUAUGGGAAACAAAUCAAACAUUUACUUAAAUCUUAAUUUUUUCUUAUCUUUGAACUUAGUCAUGUUUAUCCCUGCUUAAUAAUAGUUCAUUCGUAUUUGUUGUAAAAUAUGAGCCUUCUGUGCUUUUUACAGGACAGGUACCCUAAAUUUUAUCAAUAUCUGCUGUUUUCUUUUGCCUUAAGUUUGAAUAAGAAAAUGGACACUUUGUUAUAUCCCUGUUAACAAACUGUUUUUUUUUUCUUCAAAUGGGUAAAGAUUGCAUGAAAUGCGAUCAAAACCCUAUGGUACGGACUUGAUAUCUUUAUAUUCCAAGGUUCAUCACUACCGUUGAUAGUUCAAACAAAAUAGUGCAGGGAAAUGGUGAUUAUUUAUGUCAUGCAAUAUAAUGAUGAUAUAUUAUACUUUUAUAUUAUUUAAAAGUUACAGUUACAUUUUUGUUUGUAUUUCAAUUACAUUACUUGUCAACAUUUUUUUAUAUAUAAAUUACAUGGUUAGUACGGUAAUGCAUGGUGUAUGAAUCUGUUAUUAAAAUAACUUCAUUAUGAACAAUUUGUUACAAAGGAAGAUAACUUCAACUCAUAUUUUUUGCCUAGCAAAUUACAAUUCAAUGUUUGACUUAAAAAUCACAAAAUUGCAGAAGGCAAGCAAUCUUCACCUAUCAGUACUCACAAGCACUUUGUUUAAUAUGUAGGAAUCACCUUGCUAGUUUGUCCAUGUGUCUUCACCCAUCAGUACUCACAAGCACUUUGUUUAAUAUGUAGGAAUCACCUUGCUAGUUUGUCCAUGUGUCUUCACCCAUCAGUACUCACAAGCACUUUGUUUAAUAUGUAGGAAUCACCUUGCUAGUUUGUCCAUGUGUCUUCACCCAUCAGUACUCACAAGCACUUUGUUUAAUAUGUAGGAAUCACCUUGCUAGUUUGUCCAUGUGUCUUCACCCAUCAGUACUCACAAGCACUUUGUUUAAUAUGUAGGAAUC